AUGCAAUCACGACCAGAUUUAAUUGGAACCGACGAAAUGCGCGGGCAACAGAAACGAUCAUAUAUUGGAUUCGAAAAGUUCGAAGAGGAAUACAAUCAUGAGACGUCAAUGAAUAAUGCUGCAGGGAAUGCGAAAUCGAAUUCAACAUCACCUCGUCAGCCUACCAGAACUUCAUCUUUUCAAAAUUCACCAUCACGUUCUUAUGAUGACUCACAAUUUACCUUGCAGCAUUUGUGCACUCCGAUGCUUUCGAGCAUCUAUUCCGAAAUUGUCACUUUCUGGUUCAAAGUGCAAUGGUUAAUAUAUGAUGACAAUGUCAGAGAAACUUUUCUCGUACUGAAAUCGAAUGUUGAUGGUUAUUUACCUAUUCAGACAGCUCUUGAUCAAAAGUCUUUCGUGAAUAGUAAAUCUCGCUUACAUAACGUCCCAGAAUGUCUUCUAAUCCAAACGGAAUUCCACAGUAAAACAACCUUCCUACCCAAUUUGUUUAUUUCGUUCGAUCACCUUCUUCAUAAAAAUAUCCGAUUAAAAGAAAGUUCAUUUCAAGGGCAACUAAUUGCUAUUCUAUGUAAAUUAAACGAAAGAGGCAGUAAACUUAUGUUUUAUAAACAUUUACAAAGAAACACUUGGCACAUAUACUUUAAUACUCCUGAAUUUCCAUCGGAAUAUUAUGCAAAUGUGUUAUCAGAUGAUGAAGCAUCUCAGCUAGAAUCGAUUGCCGAGGAAAACGAUUCGGGCAAUUUCAACGAUGUUCGUCGGCUAGAAUAUCCUUUAUCACUUUUAACUACCCACCCGAUUAUUUAUGUAUAUAUAACACGAAAAAUUUCUGAUGCAAACUAA